AUGGAUGACCUCUAUGACGAGUUCGGAAACUUCAUCGGCGAAGAGGUUGAGUCCGAAGAAGCGUCCGAGGCUGGAGAUGAGGCGGCUGACUAUGCAUACGAUGAAGAGCAAGAGGAGGCGCCCAGUGUGACUGGGCAAGAGCUCAUGGAGCUUGAUGAUGGACCGUCGAAUGCCGUCAUCCUUCACGAAGACAAACAAUAUUACCCCACUGCUGAGCAGGUGUAUGGUGCUGAAGUCGAGACGCGCGUGGAAGAGGUGGAUGCGCAACCUUUAACACAGCCCAUCAUUGCGCCGAUCGAGCAGAAGAAGUUCAACAUCGAAGAGGUCGACUUGCCACCUGUGUUUUUCGAUCGCGAGUUCAUGGCAGAUCUCAUGAACUUUCCCGAGCAAACAAGGAACAUUGCGCUAGCUGGCCACUUGCAUCACGGAAAAACCGCCUUCAUGGACAUGCUUGUCCUAGAGACCCAUGACAUCACCGACAGGCUUGAUCGGAGAGUCGGCAAGAAGCGUGACGAGGCGCUGCGAUACACCGACGUACACGUGUUGGAGAGAGAGCGAGGAAUCUCCAUCAAGGCUGCGCCGAUGAGCCUUGUUCUGCAGAGCACAAAGGGAAAAUCACAUCUGCUUCACAUCGUCGAUACCCCUGGCCAUGUCAACUUUGUAGAUGAAGUGGCAGCAGCAUUUAGGCUGGUGGAUGGUGUAUGUCUGGUUGUCGACGUGGUUGAGGGUGUCCAGAUCAAUACAGAGCAAAUCAUCAAGCAUGCCGUGCUGGAAGAUAUUCCCUUGACACUCAUCAUCAACAAGAUGGAUCGCCUGAUCCUGGAGUUGAAGCUCCCGCCAAAGGACGCCUACUUCAAGCUCAAGCACGUGGUAGAGGAAGUCAACACAGUCAUUGCCAACACCGUCCCGACCAAGGCGGCUUCAAAGCGACUGAGCCCUGAGAAAGGCAAUGUUCUAUUCGCCUGCACAGAUAUGGGAUGGUGCUUCACACUGCCCUCUUUUGCUAAGAUGUACACAGACACCUUUGGCGAUAUCAACACAGAAGAGUUUGCUAGGCGGUUGUGGGGAGACGUUUAUUACAACCCAAAGAAGCGAAACUUUACUCGCAAACCGGCUGAAGACAGAUCAGCACGGUCAUUUGUUCACUUCGUUCUUGAACCCAUCUACAAAAUCUUUACACAUUCCAUCAGCGACAGCCCGGAACAGCUGAAAUUAGUCUUGUCUUCGCUUGGCAUCGAGCUGAAGCCGUCACAAUAUAAAGCCGAUGCUAAUGUCAUCCUGAAGUUGGUAUGCGAACAAUUCUUUGGUCCUUCAACCGGUUUUGUCGACAUGGUUGUCAAGCACAUUCCUUCUCCAGCUGACGGAGCACAACGACUACUGGAGCGCUACUAUACUGGACCUUUGGACACAAAGGUGGCGACGUCGAUGCAGACAUGCAACCAAGAUGGGCCCCUGGUGGUUCAUGUCUCGAAACUUUUCAAUACCUCUGAUGCGAAAAGCUUCUACUCUUUCGGGCGUGUUCUAAGCGGCACUGCUCGUCCGGGCGCAACCGUGAGAGUCCUUGGCGAAGGUUAUUCUCUUGAUGAUGAAGAAGACAUGACGACAGCCUCUAUCGGCGAAGUCUUCAUCGCAGAGACAAGAUACAACAUCCCUACAGAUGGUGUCCCGGCGGGUAACUUGGUAUUAUUGGGAGGCAUCGACAACUCCAUCGUUAAAACUGCGACAAUCGUACCAUCCAAGCUGGAAGAUGACGAGGAUGCCUUCAUCUUCAGACCCAUCGCUCAUUUUACCGAAUCCGUCCUGAAAGUGGCCGUCGAGCCCAUCAAUCCCUCCGAACUACCGAAAAUGCUUGACGGACUUCGCAAAAUCCAAAAGUCAUACCCCCUUAUCAACACAAAAGUGGAGGAGUCUGGCGAACACGUCGUCUUGGGAACCGGAGAGCUUUACAUGGACUGCGUUCUGCACGAUUUACGGAAACUGUAUGCCGAUAUGGAUAUCAAAAUAUCAGAUCCGGUAACAAGAUUCUGUGAAACGGUUGUAGAAACUUCAGCAACAAAGUGUUACGCCAUCACGCCGAACAAGAAGAACAAAAUUACCAUGGUAGCGGAACAACUGGAGAAGGGUAUUUCUACAGACAUUGAGACCGGUGCCGUGAAAAUACGAGAUCCGAUACGGAAGACGGCCAAGUUUUUCGAAGAAAAGCACGGUUGGGACAAGUUGGCGGCAAGAAGUAUCUGGGCUUUUGGUCCUGAUGAGAUGGGACCAAACAUUCUCCAGGACGAUACUUUACCUACUGAAGUUGACAAGAAACUUUUGACUACAGUCAAAGAAUCAAUAAGGCAAGGCUUCAGCUGGGCUACUCGUGAAGGCCCCCUCUGUGAAGAACCCAUCCGCAAUACCAAGUUCAAAGUUACGGAUGUGGUAUUAGCCAACGAGGCCAUCUUCCGCGGUGGUGGCCAAAUAAUUCCCACUUCCCGAAGAGCAUGCUACUCGUCCUUCUUGAUGGCCUCUCCGCGUCUCAUGGAGCCUGUGUACACCGUCUCUGUCACUGGCCCCGAAGACUCUUACAUGGAGGUUUACAAUGUGCUUGCACGGCGCCGAGGCCACGUCCUGUCCGAUGGCCCUGUUGCUGGCACACCCCUCUAUCGUGUCAAUGGCCUCAUUCCUGUCAUUGACAGUUUUGGCUUUGAAACAGAUUUGCGAAUCAAGACACAAGGUGGUUCCAUGGUCAGUCUGGUGUUCGACAGCUGGAGCAUCAUCCCUGGUGAUCCGCUUGAUAGAGACCAGGUUACAAGGCCGCUCCAACCUGCUGCCGCGCAGGCUACAGCCCGAGACUUUGUGCUCAAGACCAGACGGCGAAAGGGUCUAAGCGAAGACGUCAGCGUCAAGACAUUCUUGGAACCGGAAUUCUAUCAAAGCCUGAUGGAGAGUGGAAUGCUCGGCGAUAUCUAA